GAAAUGGGUCCGCCCGGUGGAAAACUCCAACGACACUAUCAAAGUCCUCUUCGGGUUAAAGAUCUCACAGCUGGUGGAUGUGGAUGAGAAGAACCAGCUGAUGACAACCAACGUGUGGCUGAAGCAGGAAUGGAUCGACCACAAGCUCUCCUGGAAUCCAGAGGAGUAUGGUGGGAUCACUGCCAUCCGCGUCCCCUCCGAGUCGCUCUGGCUCCCUGACAUCGUUUUAUUUGAAAAUGCUGAUGGACGUUUUGAAGGUUCCCUGAUGACCAAAGUCAUAGUGAAGUACAAUGGAGCAGUGACCUGGACACCGCCAGCUAGCUACAAGAGCUCCUGCACCAUGGAUGUGACCUUCUUCCCCUUUGACAGGCAGAACUGCUCCAUGAAGUUUGGGUCAUGGACAUACGAUGGCAGUAUGGUGGACUUGGUUCUAGUGGAUGAAAAUGUGGACAGGAAAGACUUCUUUGAUAACGGAGAAUGGGAGAUCUUAAAUGCCAAAGGUAUGAAAGGCAACAGGAAGGAUGGCCUAUACUCCUACCCAUUUGUCACUUACUCCUUCGUUUUGAGACGCCUUCCACUGUUUUACACUCUAUUCUUAAUAAUCCCUUGCCUGGGAUUGUCCUUUCUAACUGUCCUGGUGUUUUACCUGCCUUCGGAUGAAGGAGAAAAGCUCUCACUGUCUACAUCAGUUCUUGUAUCUCUCACUGUGUUUCUGCUAGUGAUUGAGGAAAUAAUCCCUUCUUCUUCCAAAGUCAUCCCUCUGAUCGGCGAGUAUUUGCUGUUCAUCAUGAUAUUUGUGACCCUCUCUAUCAUCGUGACUGUCUUUGUUAUCAACGUCCACCACCGCUCCUCAGCAACUUACCAUCCCAUGGCACCCUGGGUGAAAAGACUCUUCCUCCAGAAACUGCCUCGGCUGCUCUGCAUGAAGGGCCAUGUGGAUCGUUAUUCCUUCUCAGAAGCUGAGGAAAAGGGAACCACCUUGAAAUCAAAGCUCCCAGGGAAGCAGAAAUACAAGCAAGCAAAAGAAGGAGAGAAAAUUGUUAUUGCCUUCCUGGAAAAGGCAGCUGAUUCCAUUCGAUACAUUUCCAGACAUGUUAAAAAGGAGCAUUUCAUCAGACAGGUUGUCCAAGACUGGAAAUUUGUAGCUCAGGUCCUGGAUCGGAUUUUCCUAUGGUUAUUUCUGGUGGUGUCAGUAACGGGUUCAGUUCUCAUCUUUACCCCGGCACUACGGAUGUGGCUGAACAGUAGCUUGUAG